AUGAAUCCUGUCCUGCCUUGGAUCCUUCCUCUUGGAUGUGUACUGCUCCUGACAAAGGCAGCCGAAUGCUUUAUCUUGCCCAACUCAAGUCACCUGGAGAGCAUUUUGAGUAAAUAUCAGGAUGGGGAAACUCACUCCAGACCCAAGAGAGCCAUUUUAUUCUCAGACAGACAGGAGAUAUUGAUGCUCCACAAUAAAUUGAGAGGUCAAGUGUACCCAGUGGCCUCUAAUAUGGAAUACAUGACCUGGGAUGAUGAGCUGGAAAGAACAGCCCAAGCUUGGGCUCAGCAGUGCAUCUGGGACCAUGGGCCUAGUGACCUCAUCAGGUCAAUUGGACAGAACUUGGCAGUUCACUGGGGCAGGUAUCGGUCUCCAGCUUUCCAUGUCCAGUCUUGGUAUGAUGAAGUUAAAGAUUACACGUACCCGUAUCCUCAUGAGUGCAACCCGUGGUGCCCAGAGAGAUGCACUGGCUCUAUGUGCACGCAUUACACCCAGAUAGUCUGGGCCACGACGAACAAGAUCGGCUGUGCCGUGAACGUCUGCAAGCAGAUGAACGUCUGGGGAGAGAUCUGGGAGAACGCCGUCUACCUGGUCUGCAACUACUCGCCCAAGGGCAACUGGAUCGGAGAAGCCCCGUACAAGACCGGCCGCCCCUGCUCCCAGUGCCCGCCGAGCUACGGAGGAGGCUGCCAGAACAACCUCUGCUACAAAGAUUACCGUUACGAAGAUCCCGUCAUCGCCGAGACAGAUGAAAAUAACGAAGUGGAGAUUUUGCAGGUUGCGGAGCAAACGCCAGUGCGGUUCUACCCUCCUGAAAGCAAGCCCAGCAAUCCCAUCAAGCCCAAUAAAGUCAUCCUGGACUCCUACAUGACACAAGUCAUUACCUGUGAAACCAAAAUGAGAGACAAAUGCAGAGGCUCAACGUGCAACAGGUAUUUGUGCCCAGCUGGCUGCUUGUACAGUAAGGGAAAGAUCUUUGGAACAUUUUAUUAUGAGAGUGUAA